GCAGGUAGCGAGAUUAAUUAUUGUGAUCUUAUUGUAGUUUCAUUGGAAAGAUGAAGUGUCCUGUGAGCUUCUACGUGUUCAAGGUAAAGGAGCUGCGUACCUAGACGCAGACGGAUGAAAGGACCAGUCUGAAACGUUUCUGCGCCUCAUCCCGACUGCUUUCAAAAAAGUCUAGUUGAAGUUACGCGUGUUCCAGUGUUCCAGUGACAGAUUAACAAGAAUUCUAUAUUGCAAACAGAAAAAAAAACCGCUUGAAAAUCUGAUUAAUGAUAUGUAGCCUUUGAAAAGAAAAGAAAAAAAAAGAGCAAGGUGUUUCAGAAUACAGGUCACGGCUUCACGGGUAAGGAGCACGCAAGGUGUUCGUGAUGGCCGCACGCUCCAUCUGUCUUUGCUCGUCUGCCACAAACGGAUCACACACUGCAAGCGAACAGUGCCCUGUCUUCACGCAGCAGAUAAACUGAACUGAAGGACGAAACUCGAAUACAAAUGUAAUUUUUUUUUUUUUUUUCAGAUUCAUCGAAUGAGGAAAGGGAGGCAUGGGAGAUGUAGCCUUGGAGAAGCGACAGGCCAGUAUACAGCGCCCGCCCUUAACUCAGAAGGCUGCGACUGAAGGGCAAGUCCAGCUGCAUCAUUAAGCCCAAUGGACUGUGUGUGCUGGACCACAAGAGCAGUUCUUGCUCCCACCUGUCACAAGUCAAGAAUGACUUCUCCAGACCAAUCUUGAAUCGCUAGAUAGAGGUGGACUUCAUGCCCAAGCUGAACAAGUUCAUGAAGGACCGCAACACACCCAUCACCAGGCUGCCACACAUCAGAUACAAGCAGUUGAAUGUGUUUGAGCUCUUCACAAGAGUGCAACAGCUGGGAGCUUUGAGGGUGUAGGGGAGAAGUUAUAGAAGCAGCUGUAUGAAGAGGUUAGUGGCAGUGCUUCCUCCUCCCACCCUCCACAAAGUGCUCAAUCUUAUGCCAGUAUGAUGAAGUGUCACUAUGAGAGCCUGGAUGAGUGGCACGCUGAGAAUGGAGAGAGGAAGCCGCACGGUACCUGUGCAAGUUACACCACGGGUCACCACCACUUUCAGGGCAGCCGAGCUUCGUGGCUACGAGAGAGAUGAGGCUUUUGUUAAGGGGGCUUGCACUCUACAGUAUCUUUCCAUUCAACAUAAGGGUCCCAUUUACAGCAUCUCAGUCAAAGACCACAAGAAGCUAUGGGAAGCUGAUAAAAGCCAUAAAGCCUACUCACAUUCCAAAAAUUACAAUUGCAUGUCUAUCUGUGACACCUCACCUGGUUUACACAGGUGAAUUAUUUAUUGUCCACAGUCCCUCUGAAUCCCCCUUUGUUACUCUGUCCAUUAACAUCUUUAUUUUUAGUUUGUCCUGUCACUUUCUUAUCUCUUCUUACUUUUCCUUUUAUUUCCAUGAUCUUCCUCUCUUUCAGUCUUCAUAGGUCACACCAGUGCCUUCUAAAUAUUGCACUGAAAUAGUGUUCCUUAUGUACUGGCAGAAAAAGGUCACACCAGUGCCUUCUAAAUAUUGCACUGAAAGUGUUCCUUAUGUACUGGCAGAAAAUCUUGACUAUCAUCUAUUAUCAUAUUACUUUAUUUUUCAAUGCCUACUUUAUUUUUCAAUGCCUUACUUGUUGGCAAAAAUUACUUGACUUGAUGCUAUCACCUUUUUUUAAUGGCAUUCAAUUCCAUUCAUCUAUUUGUAAAUAUUUGACAUCAGAUGGGAUUAAUUGAAAUCCAAGAGCUGUAUGAAGUGAUAUAUUUUUUGGAUGUAUUUUCAAGAUAAAAAAGUUUAUGGAGCUAAUUAACAUUGUCUUGGGUUAUCUCUAAGGAGUCUAUCUGACGUGAAUGUGUGUAAGAUGUGUACAGUAUUUCUUAACUUGUCAGAUAAUGUGAAUGUGUGUAAGAUGUACAGUAGUUGUACAGUAGUUCCCAAAACUAUCUUUAAAAAAAUUAGAGGUCUACAUUCUGACACAAUGGAUAUUUGACA